GACAGCCUAAUAACUUUUUAAAGUUGUAGGGUUUAGAUCCUUAUAUUCUUUUGCCUGAUAAUUGGCAAUAGAGUAUAACAUCCAGCUAAAGGACAAGCUGACAUGCGCAGUUGAUGUAACGAGCCUUGGGUGUUCUCACUAUAGUCAAGCUCUGGCAUUAAGUACAAAAGGAGUUAGCAAGCUGGAAAAUUUGACAUUCGUUGCUAGAGAGUUGAACUGUUUUGUUAUGGCCAAGCCAACUGAAAAAAUCGAAAAAAUAUAAGUAAAAAGCCGAACGCAGUGCAAUAAAAUUUCCAGUCAAAUGCAAGAGUGUGUGAAAACUAACGAUUAAAGCAGAGUAAAAAAGUCCGAGUUAGACAGAUAAUUGCAGGCAAAAUGUUCUUUCGGCAUGUUUUGGAACGCAGGGAUAGCGUCAGUGAUGUGUCCCUCCCUCUGCCAAGCACGGAAAGUUCACAAGUGCACUACAAUAACGAAAGUGUCACUUACGUGAGUAGUGCUGCCGAUAGUAAAGUCAAGGACAGCAAUAACAACCAGUCGACGGUCGGUUUGGGUGCUCCACUGUCCGCUUCAAUGAAAAUUCAACGCCGGUCGGAGGCCGCAAUAGGGGCAGUGCAACUGACUCCGCUGUGGGAGCACAUUCUUCGUACCCGCCGCCUCCCGGAAAAAAUGUCACCCACGGCACUUUACGCCGAGUUCCAUGAGCGCUUGCAGGAUCCAGAGUGGCAGGUGCGGCAACACGCGCUGCGAGUUCUCGUCGACGUUCUCGUGGUAAUGCAAGACGAGGCCGAUGGUCACAUGGAGCGGGAGCAGCUCAUUGGCUUACUGGUCGAGAACCUGGGCCAUCAAGCGCCCACUGUGCGUAAGGGAGCCCUUGAUUGUUUAAGGGUCUACCUUGCCGAAACCGCUAUUCCUGAGGCGGUCAUUCUUGGAAUUCUUGACACCGGCCUGACCAAAAACGUCUUCACGAAAUCAGAUCACAUGGGUCGUCUUAGCUGUGGUGUUUUGCUCUCACUGCCUGCUCUUCUGCAAUCAACUAUGCACACUUCACAGAGACGCCGUAUUGCACAUAAUAUUUUGGAGCGGGUGGUGCAGCUAAUUGAUCAAGUGCCCCAACAGGAAAUAACAACGAAAGUCUUAACGAAAAUCAGAGAGCUUUUGGGAAUUAACGAAUUUGAAAGCAUUAUGGGUGAUUUGGGUCGUGCCGACGCUCUAACCAAGUACUAUGAACUUUGUCAGGUUUACGGGGUGACUGGAAAACAAAAAAGAAAUGAUAUGGUAAAAACCGGCGCUUGGAGAGCUUUACCUAGUGAAACAGGUUGGAGAAACACCAAGGCCAUACAUAACUUGGACGGUUCGCCGGAAAUGCAGUCGAACUGUCCAGAAAAAGGAAAGGUAAUCAUGGAAACUGAGAUCAAGAUCAACGAUGACACUGUGACAAUGCGGAUCCUCGAGGCGGAUACCGAGACCGAAGAGUCUGACAGCCCAGGAAGAAAUCUUUCAAAGAAUGAAGAGUCGACGGAUCUAGUUUGCCACCCUUUUUUGACCAGUGCUAACAGCCUCCACAAACUCAGUGUUGGGGAGGGAAUUUUUCACGUUUUAAGUGAUUCAGAAUUGGAGGAGCCGCACAUCAUCAAACCUGUCAGUGUUUCAGAGCCAAGUACUCCCUCUCGAGGGCUGAAGCGUGUCACAUUUGGGGGGGAAAUCGUUAAGAUGCGAACUCCUGAUAGCGACGCAGCAUCCUCUACAAACAAUUCCCGAAACCCAGACCAGGUUAAUGACAUUGUCACUGUUUUGACCAUGGAAAACCCAAUGGUCAGUAAAAAAACCUCGUCAGUUAAGGAAAAGUCCAGUAACCAAGAGACAUCGGCUCUCUUGGUGGAGAUCCCUUUAGACAAUACCAAGCCUUUGCCUCAAACAGGGCUUGUUAGUUCACAAUCGUCUAGCGAUGCACGACCAGGCAGUCCCCGCAAACGUCAGGAACCUCUCGGAAAGAUGUCGCCAUCAUCGCGCUCUCCCGGAUUCCGCAGUCGCAGCACCAGUCCAACAGGAAGCAACAGUAUCAGCCCCAAAGUGCCGCACAAUCAAAUCGAGGUUUUGCACAAUCUGCAGCGGGAUCCGUCGCCUAGAUCUCAGCGCCGCGUGGAAGACAUUAAUGGCGAUCCGCAAGCACAUUAUCCACCAGGAAAUCCCUCUGCCGCCCCGAUACAGCCGUUAAAAGCUAAAACUGGCACUACGUCGUCGCCAGCCAUACCGAAAUCCUGGGAAGACUUGGACAUUGUUAGCUAUAAGACGCUGAUGGACCUACGAUCUGGGGACUGGCGCAAUCGUAUAACGGGAAUCUCUCAAUUGGAGAUUGCCCUUAGCUUGUCUAGCAAUUUAGCCUUGGUACAACCGUUUUUGGACAGCUUGCUUCGGACCCUCCUGUCAUCGGAGCGCCAUUUUAAGGUGUCCGAGCUAAAGAGGGAGUUGCUAGAAAACCUAAUCUCACGACUGCCUUUGGACAACUUGGAGGAACGUACACCACAAAUAAUAACUGGACUUUGUCGCCAGGGCAACGCUGGAGCGAAUCGCGUGUGCAAGUCUUUAAUGCAGCGCCUUCCAGCUGGUACCAUUGUGGCAAAACUGACUUCGCCAGAAUUCUUACACGCAAAAAGUUCAAAGUUCCGGGACCAUGCCCUUCAAAUGUCCAUCUAUUCCCUGAUGACUUUUCCGGGGACAUGCUUCGACAUUAGUCUACUUACGAGUCAGGCUGUCUACUCACUGCUAAACCACAAGCGACGCGUGCGGCUGGCGGCUCUUGAGGUUCUAGCUGUUUUGGCCGAUAUCUCUUCCAUAAAUGAGGUUAUAAAUAUUGUCUCAGAAAUGACCGCCGGCGUUGAGCUUGGGCCACUGGUGCUGGAGGCGACCACUGUGCGUCUCUCGCGCUUACAACUUCCAAUUGUCACAUACGAUUGCGGCGUCCUUUUCGUUUUUAACCAAAACGAACCUGGAUGCAGGCGUUCUGGAGCGGAUGUGGAUUGGAUCUAUCAGGGGGAAGGAUCCGCCUCGCCUAACACCAUCAAAAGGCGGCGAAUACUGGCUGCAAGCAGUCAGCGCGACGUACUAGAAAGUACGGAAGCAAAAAAUAAUAAGGAUGCAUUCCACAGUUUCGCCCAUGUUGACGACACAUUGCACCCACACACUUUCCACUCUCCACCGGAAACUUUGGAUAUGACUAGCCCCACAAAUGAAAUUUCUCAAAGAUUAUGCGCUGGCGCUAAAAGUAAUAAUAUUGGAAACCAAUCUUUCAAGGAGCGUCGCUUGUUAGCAAAGGCGUGCUCUGAUACUUCCAUGGAUGGACGAAGUACUGACAGCACGGCAACCACCUGCAGCAGUGGAAGCACCACAGGUAGCUUUAUACAGCUUACCCGCACUAGUGGUCAAUUUGCUGGAACAACUUCCAGAUUUCCCGCCAUGAACCAGCAUGCCGACUUUAACAAUUUCAUGCAGCGCAAGACUAAAUCCUACUCCGUAGAGGUGCCGGCCUAUCCGAAAGUCAGUUACUCGAUUCCGAAGUCCCAGUCAAUGCUUCGCAAGAAAAUCCAGCACCAGCACUCUUUCUCAAAGCUGCGCAAUGCAGCUUCUGUACAAGACUUCGAAACUACAAAAUUAAACAAGUCACAAGGUAGUCAGCAGAGUGAUGUUUUCGAAGAACACCAGCCAUCACCGGAUCCCGUAGAAACGGAGGCAGCGAGGACAAUACAGUCUUUGGAAACAGCUGUCCAACCUUUAACGGACGGUUCCCCCUUGUCCGUAAGAUCCGUCAGUUAUUCGCAAAAGUCGACAGCCUCGGUAAAAUCUAGUGGCUGCCAAAGCGAGAUGGCCCGUAGAUCAUCUUUAUCCACCGGCGACCGCAACGGUUUCCCGCUGGAGGUGCUGAUGAGUCGGGAACAGGAUCCCGUUGAAGCCUUUGGAGAGUUGGUAGUGGACGACAUUGAAGACGAGACCGAAACGGAACCUCCCCCUCAUGAGGAGCCACCCAAGCUAAACGGAAGCCUAAAUAGCCUUCACAGUAAAACAGAGAGUAUUAAAACUCAGUUGGAAGACACUACACCUCAGCUUUCAAGGGCUCAGUCAGUAAAAUCGCUGCCCAUUGAGGAGGAUAUUGAGGGCAGCAAUAGCUUCGUGGUAGUCGAAGAAGUACAUCACGAACUAGAGUCAUCGCCCGCGGUUACUACGCCAGCAAAGCAAUUACAGGAGGAGCCAGUAGCUUCUGAAAACCCAAAGCUAAAUAGUCAUAAAGUUGACACAAAGGUGGUCUCAGCGCAUGACGACAUAGUGAUCCAUUCACGAAGUAUUUCACUAGACUCACUUUUUGGGCAACGGCCGUGCUCAAAACAAGGAUCUCUGGACACCAGCACAAGCACCACAGACAGUACCUCGCAGUCCGGUUCUCAAUUGGGAAACAUCGGCAUCCUCGGGAAGGCACAACACACGCCGCUCAAGCAGAAGUCCAAGACAUCCUACUUUUUGCGUGCUCAGAGACGAGUCUCACCCGUAAAGCAGGCCAUUAAGAUGUCUCAGGCGGAACUCUUUCCGCAGAAUAUGGAGCGCUUUGAUAAACCUCGUGAUGCUCUGCUUAAGACUUUCGACCAAUUAGACUCUAGCAACUGGGAAACAAAUAUGACUGGUCUGAAAGGAAUGGUGCGUCUGAUUCGCUACCAUGCCGACACAUUAGACAAUCAGAUGCACAUGACUUGUAUUCAGCUCACCCGGUCAGUCCGAAAUCUGCGGUCUCAAGUGGCUCGCGCUUCCUGCCAGGCGGCUGCAGAGUUAUUCUCCCUCAAGUCCUCUAGUCUUCAGCAAGAGUGUGACGAUUUAGUGUGUGCUCUUCUGCAUCGCACCGCUGACACUAACCGAUUUCUCCGCGCUGAUGCAGCUCAUGCUCUGGAGUCGAUGGUGGAUCAUGCACAGCCGCAGAAAAUACUCAACAUCCUGGCGACAAAGGGAGCCCAGCACCAGAACGCACUGGUACGAACCACUUCAGCAAAGCUGCUCUUCAGGCUUGUCGAACGUCUCGGCAACGAUCGGAUCUAUGCUAUGGCCCGCGAGAGUCGGGACAAAUUUUUCGUGGUGGGGGCCAAUUUACUGCUGGAGGGCAGCCUCGAAACGCGCAGCUACGCCAAGUCCUUGUUCCGGGCCCUGUCCGAGCACCAUAGUUACCAGCGACUACUGUUGGAGGUGAUACCACCGCGUACAUACAGGAAUGUGGAGAAAACGCUUAGAAGCAUAACACGUUGACUUCGGUAGAUCGAAAUCUGUACAGUAGAGAUCUGCUUUCCGAAGCUACUGGAAGCUUACACGUGUUACACACAUUAAAUUAAAUUUGAGUCUUAAGUUUAUCAUGAGCGUAUCUUUAGCUAAAAACAAUAAAAUUAUUGAAAAAUUAAAAAA